UAAAAAGGCGGCGGCCGUGAGUGGGAGUUGGCACAGCGGAGCCAUGGCGGCUGAGAGAGUGCUUGUGGUAGUGCUGCUGGCGGCGGUCCUACUCUUCUUCGCCGGCGCUGUGCGAGGCGGCGAGCUCCGGCCGCGGCUGGUGGGCGCCCCGCAAACCAUCGACGACCCCGAGAACGAUGAGGGGCUGGAGCGGGCUCUGCAGUUCGCCAUGACGGCGUACAACAGGGCCAGCAACGACAUGUAUUCCAGCCGGGUGGUGCGGAUCAUCAGCGCCAAGAGGCAGAUCGUGGCUGGAGUCAAGUACAUAAUGAAAGUGGAGAUUGCCCGGACAACCUGCACAAAGCCAGCAACUGAUAUUCAGCACUGUGCUUUCCAUGAGGAGCCCCAGAUGGCCAAGCACACCACUUGCAACUUCAUAGUGUUGAAUGUUCCUUGGCGAAACCAAGUGGAGCUGCUGGAGAGCAAGUGCCAGUAAGCCUACCUAGAUUCCAGCAGAGAUGAGCAACCAGUUGUUCAAAUUUAAAAGAAAAAGGCAGUAACGCAAAUUGAGAUGGACUUUAUCAAUGCCUGUAACUUGGCUACUGACUACUUGGCCUGUUCUAUGCAAAUUAAACCAUGUAACUUCACUUUUAAAGCACAGUAUGAGCUCAACUUUUCUUCUUUGGCAUUAUUAUUUUAGAGAUGCUGUUUUGGUCUUCUGCAGCUUUCCCAAUGAAUUCACUUCAGCAUCAGAAUUCUUAUUAAAACCCCUUGGUAUCUGUAUUAAGUGACUACUGUAAACAUUAAAACUUAAUAAUUGCCA